GUAGUUACAACGCGCACGAGACAGGGAGCCUCCCCCAGGCUUGGCCGCUGCUCGGCGAAAUAAACAUGACGUUGUUGGCAAUUACGACGUUUUUAAUGCAGUAGCCCCAAAGCUACAUCAUUUGAUACAUCGCGGAGGUUGGACACGGUAUUGGACAUUCUGGGAAGCUGGUUGGCUUAAACAGCAACAGUUUCACAAGUGGAGAACAACAAGUGAAGUUGGAGCUGAAAUGCCUCUGCUAUUUCUGGAGAGGUUCCCAUGGCCCAGUCUGCAGACUUACACGGCAUUGACCGUGGCUCUGCUGGCCGGCAGCAUCUUCAGCGCCUACACAACCGUGACUGAUCCUGGCUUUGGGUCUUUGGACGCAGACGAGACUCCAACCCCAACUGAAGUGGAUCUAGAACACUUAAAUAAUGAUAUUAGUAACACAGAAUUGGCCAGCACUGUCUUGUGGUAUCUGGUCACUGACAGCCUCUUUGUAUGGGUGUUAGUCAACACAUUCUGCUGCUCUUUAAUGUUAAUUGCUAAAAUGAUCCAGUAUGUGGUGUUUGGUCCACUCAGAGUCAGUGAGAAACAGCACCUGAAAGACAAGUUCUGGAACUUCAUUUUCUACAAGUUUAUAUUCAUCUUUGGCGUGCUGAACGUACAGACAGUGGAUGAGGUGGUCAUGUGGUGCCUGUGGUUCGCCGCGCUGGUCUUUCUUCACCUCAUGGUGCUGCUCUGCAAAGACCGAUUUGAAUAUCUGUCGUUCUCGCCCUCCACUCCCAUGAACAGUCACGUGCGAGUGAUGUGCCUCCUGGUCUCCCUUCUGCUGGACUGCUGCGGUCUGGCUGUGGUCUGUGGCCUGUUGGGAGCAACCCAUGGUAUGCACACCCUCUCCUUCAUGGCUGCAGAGUGUCUGCUGGUGACAGUUCGCACAGGACACGUCAUCAUGCGGUAUUCCAUCCACCUGUGGGACCUGAACCAUCCAGGGACCUGGGAGAGUAAAGGAACGUACGUUUACUACACAGACUUCACCAUGGAGCUGGCUAUGCUCUUUCUAGACCUCAUGCAUCAUAUCCAUAUGCUGCUCUUCAGUAACAUCUGGUUGUCCAUGGCGAGCUUGGUCAUCUUCAUGCAGCUGCGUUAUCUCUUCCACGAGGUCCAGCGCCGCAUCCGCAGGCACAAGAACUACCUUCGAGUCAUCAACAACAUGGAGGCUAGAUUUGCUGUUGCUACUGCAGAGGAGCUGGCAGCUAAUGAUGAUGAUUGUGCCAUCUGCUGGGAUGCCAUGUUGACAGCACGCAAACUUCCUUGUGGUCACCUCUUCCACAACUCUUGCUUGCGCUCUUGGCUAGAGCAGGACACCUCGUGCCCCACGUGUCGCACAUCCCUGAACAUUAGCGGUGACGGUGACCAGCCGAGAGGUCAGCAGCAGGGAGCGGAAGACAACGGGGGUCCCACUGCAGCCGCUGCGGAUCCAAGACCUCAUAUCAGUCAACACAACCACUUCUUCCACUUUGAUGGAUCCCGUAUUGCUAGCUGGCUGCCGAGUUUCUCAGUAGAAGUGAUGCACACCACCAACAUCUUAGGGAUUGCUCAGGCUAACAACUCUCAGCUGACUGCAAUGGCCCAUCAGAUCCAGGAGAUGUUUCCUCAGGUGCCCUCCUACCUGGUCAUGCAAGACCUUCAGCUGACCCGCUCUGUGGAAGUCACCACUGACAACAUCUUGGAGGGUCGUAUCCAGGUGCCUUUCCCUGCACAGGCCACAGAGCGCAACCCAUUGCAGGUGAAUCAUUCACUGGAAGAGCAGGCGGGGCCCAGUGGGGCUGCUGAGGAGGGCCCCAGCGAGGCUGACAACAUGGAAGCCAGAGGUGGUCGCUUCUCCAAGUCUGCUGAGGAGAGGCAGAAGAUGUUAAAGCAACGGAAAGAGGAGAUGAUCCAGCAAGCGCGCAGGAGAUAUCUGAACAAGAGUCCAGAAGAUCAGGAUGAGGAUGUUCCUGGACUGGAGGAGGAGGACGAGGAUGAGGAGCGCUCUUUCCCAACUCUAGACUCUACAGUGCUAAGACGCAGAGCCAUGGCGGCCGCUGCAGAAAGACGCAUGCAACAGGACGCUGCACCCUGAAAACACAGCUAGAAACCUCAGCAUCCACCACAAGGCAUGACAGUGUUUAUAAAUCCUCCUUCAUUUGUUGUCGGCGGUCGUCACAUAUUCAAACAAUAAUUAAAGAGAAUUGCAAACACGGCCUUUGGGCUUGUUCGCCUUGCCUGAAUAAGGCCAGACUAUCAAGAUGGGCCUCUGCAUCGGUAUCGCUAUUCCAGCUAAACUCGUCAGAGCAUUGAGUAUCCUGUAUGAGUGAGCCACUGCUCUUUGUGUAUGUGCCACACAUGAGCACCAGCUUGAGCAGAGAGUAAGCUAUCGUGUGCUGGCUGACAUGUAAAAGAGCAUGUUCUGCUUUCAGAAGAACCUUUUCAAGAGGUGUUUGGGUUCUUAUUUUCGUUUUUUAGGAUUUCUAUAUUGUUUGGGUUCUUAUUUUUGUUUUUAGGAUUCCUAUAUUUGUGUUUGCUCUCCUGCUGCACUUCGGUUGGAGAAAAACACACUGCUGUAUUAGUGUGUUAUUUUAUGGAUUUCAACUGUGAACUACAUGUAGACAUACAUUUUUUUGUCCUCCUUACCCUUUUGUAAGAGAAUGUCACUUUAGUAUUAAUCAGCCUUUUAGUCAAACAUGAAUGUUUUUAAUGCUGCAAACAAAAGUAUUCAAACCCAAACGGGUUGAUGUGUAUGCAGUGCAUAAUUGAACCAGCAGGGGAGUAUAGGCGUGUACAUUUUUUUUUUCUAAUUUUCUUUUAGAAGCAACCAAGGGGAAGUACUACAUUUUGUAAACUAUGUGAUGGGUGUCUUUCAUUCAGUUACUCUCUCUAUGAAUAAGAAAAUAUUUUACAAUGAG